AUGACGGGUGCAGAUUUUCAUUUGCAGCAGGGAACCGUCACUAACGCCUGUCGCCGGGUGUGUUGCGGCGACGGUGGCUUAGGUUUCAAUAAACUCUCAUUGAUCCUGGAGAGUUCUGCAAAAAUUCACCUUUUCUUUCCUCUUGUGCUUUCAGAAACCACAGAGCAUGGAUCAAGUAAAUGUGACAACAGCAGCGGUGGCGUCGUCGCCGUGCAGAAGGAGAGGGUGAAGGGCAAAGACGAGACGUACUGGAGGGAGAUCAACGCCGCUAUGGCCUUGACCAACUUGGCGCAGGGGAAGGACAGCGCCUCCGGAACAACCAGCUGCAUCAUCCAGAAGUCCUCCCAUAUAGCAGAGAUUAAGACUGUCAAAGUGCCGCUGGUGCAGAAAUAUUAGCCCCCUUGACGUCACUCUCCCUUCUCUCUAUGCAAAACCAGCAAACGUUCCUGCUCCAGCGAAACUCGCCGGAGUCCAAAUAAACUCCCCCGCUUCAGAGAAAGAGAGGAGAACUGUUGUUUAAGGAGGAAGUGAGAACAGAAAGAGAACUCUUAUUCUUUUUGUCGUCUGAUGAAGUGCAAACAGAGGCCUUGACCAUCGUUAUUUUUUGCUGGCUUGAUUUGACAGACAAGCGUUGACGGUGCAGUAUUUCCUAAAAAAAGACACUUUUGUAAUGUUAACUUAUUUUUGUGAUUCUUUUUUUUAUUUCCUCUUUUUUAUUCUACAAAAUGUGUAUUUUGCCAAAGUGCCUUUCUUAUUUGUUAGAUGAACAACUCUGACUGUGGUCGAUGCAAAUGAUGUGCCUCCUCGACUAAGUUUAGAGUCACAGCCGUGAAAACAUCCUGUGCCUUCAUGAAGGAAUGAGCUCACUAUU